UUUUUUUGACAAACAUGAAGAGAUACCUUUGUUUAUAUGUAACUGUUAUACUUGUAAUAGCAUUAACAGUUAGUUUUGCAAUGGCAGAUACAAAUACAUUUUCUUCUUCCUUUUCCUCUGGAAAUGGAGAAGCUUCAGGAUUCUCCUCUUCAACGGAUGGAAAACAAUCCUCCGCAUCCAACUCCCAAGUCGAUUCUACUGGAAAUGGAUCUGCUGCUUCUGAAGAUUCCAGCUCUACUACUUCUCAAGGCACCUCUAGUUCAUCCAUAUCUUCUUCUGUAGGCUCUGCCAACGCCAAAGGUAUUACAGCAGGUAACAAUGGUAAGAGUUCAACAGCAGCUGGUUCUAGUGCGUCUUCCAGUCAAGAUGGUGCUGCAAUAAGUUCAAGUGGUUCAACCAGUUUUGAUAAGAAUAUUAGUGGAGUGAACUUUCAAGGUUCACAAACCACUAAUUCAUCUUCCUCUUUUGGAAGUGGACAAGGGGAUUCUGCUUCUGAUAGUAAUACUCCUAAUACAAGUUCAGAAAGCACUACAGGAACAAGUGGCAACGCUGCAGCAAAAGACUCCUCAAGUAGCACUUCUGGACCUAGCGGAGUGACAAGUAGUACAAAUGCCAAUGCUAAAAGUAGCUCUAGUGGUUCAGCAGCAGCACAAGGAACUGCCAAAGCUUCUACAAACUUGAGCUGUGUUUGGCAGUACAAAGAAAAGUGUUUACCUUGUGCUCACAUUGAGAACGAUGUUUGUAAAUGUUACUGGAAUGUAUCGGAUCAAUGUAUAUGUACGAAUUUAACUUGUGCAAAGCCUUUGUUUCAAGCAAGUGUGGAAUCCAGUGCCACCGCAUCUUCAAGUGAUGGUGGUUCUUCUAGUGCAGGAGCUAAUGCUGCUUCCAGUCAGUUGAGUGGCGGUGCCAAGUCUCAAGCACUAGGUUCAAGUACAGGGUCAGGCUCCGUCAGUGCUUUGAGCCAAGCACAAAGUAUUUUGGAUCAGGCAGAAGGCAGUGUUCAAAGUCAAGGUUCUAGUUCCAAUGGAGGAGACUUUGGCUCACUUUCUGGUAGUUUCUUUCGCCAAGGUAUCCAAGUGACAGCUACUUCCAAUAGCUCUGAGUCUUGUUCUACUGUUGGUCCUUUUCAACUUGACUCUGUACGCUUUUCUUUUCUAAACACUGCUGAUGGAAUGGUUUUUCUACAAAUUUGUAGCACGGCAUAAGUUACCUUUUGUUUAUAGUAAGUUUUUUUUUAAAAAAAAUUGGAGCGACUCUGAAAAAGUUGACUUGGAAAAAAAAAUUGGUUUCACUUUUUUUGAGUAUGGUUUCGAGUGUUUGU